AUGUCGAACCGCAAGCGACGCGCGCCAGGCGCAUCUCCGCAGGCCCCCACCCAGACAUACCAGCACGAUAUCCCCGCCCCCGCGGAUCAGUACAUCAACUGGAACGACCCUGCAGUGGCGCCCGACAUGAAUUUCAACGACCCGCCCCUUUACGACAACUACGCCGCAAACAUGGGUCCUGGCCAUAAUCGCGUCGUCUCGCUCGACGGCUACAACGAAGGCACCGAGAUGUCGGGCCAAUUGGUACGCCGAAACACAAAUCAACAGCUCGCACCCGCCCCGCGCCGCACCCAAUGGGAUGGAUUCACAAGCCCCCAGCAGCAGUGGGAGACGGUCGAUGAUGACGAGGAGCUCGAGCAAAAGGCUGCGCUUGCAAAGAAGGAUGCACAGGCGAAGCGGAAGCAGAUCCCUCCGUUCGUCCAGAAACUAAGCAGCUUCCUCGACAACAACAAGAACGAAAACCUCAUUCGAUGGUCCGACGACGGUAAUAGCUUUAUCGUGCUGGACGAAGACGAAUUCGCACGAACGCUGAUCCCCGAGCUGUUCAAGCACAACAACUAUGCAUCCUUUGUACGGCAGCUCAACAUGUACGGCUUCCACAAGAAGGUCGGCCUAUCAGACAAUUCGAUGAAAGCGAGCGAGACCAAGGCAAAGGCGCCCAGCGAAUACUACAACAAAUACUUCAAGCGCGGCCGGCCCGAGCUGCUGUGGCUGAUCCAGAAGCCGAAGAAUCCCCCGACCGGGCCAAAGCGCAAACGAGACGAUGAGAACAAGGGCGACAGCGAUGAAGAUCGCAAGUACAUUCAGGACAGUGGGGGCGGGGGCUAUGUGGAAGAAGUGGCUGUCCGAGGAAACGAGCAAAUGGCCAUGAUUCCGCGGUCGGAAUACAACAGCCUGCGGGUCGAGGUUCGGGAACUCCAGCAGCAGCAGAAACUCAUCUCCAACGUCUUGACCCAAAUCAAGCGGCAGAAUGAGGAACUGUAUUCACGCGCAACAUCCUUCCAAGCGCUCCAUGACCGACACGAGAAUUCCAUAAACGCCAUUCUGACAUUUCUCGCGACCUUUUACAACAGAAGCCUGGAAAACAACGCAAAUGGUAUGAACCUUUCCGACAUGUUUCCUUCGGGGCGACAGCAGCCCCAUGGUAAUGUGGUUGAUGUGGACGAUUACCCUAUGCAAGACGCACACAAGUCGUCGCAGCUGCAGAGGAAUAGAAAGCCACUUGCCAUUCUGCCGGCGCCUACGCCAAAUCAGCAAGACUACCUUGCACCAGCCACCACGGGCCGCGCCACAACCAUGAGCCCGACCACAAGGCCGCUAGCAAGCCCCAUCACGCGUCCGGGGAGUCGGCAGCAAGCAUUGAGGUCCUCGGUGCCGCACAAUCGUCAGCAGUCGCAGCCUUCUUUUUCGACGCCUCAAGGCACAGAUAAAGUGCCCGGAACGCAGCCGAAGAGUGAACCGCCGCUCCACGCGACAUCUCUGCCCGAAAACGAUGCAAUCAUGUCGGCAAUACAAAAUGCAAAUGCGAGCGCUGGCCAAUCAGCGAGCCAGGCACCCGACUUUGACUACGCGGCCGCCUUGUCAAACUACCAGACACAGGACGGACACGUACCUCUUACUCAACAACAACGGAACGAUGUUCUAACGCAGAUUGUCAAUAACACCGCCGCACAGAACACGGAUAAUGCCCUUACCAACCCCAACCCGCCCGAAGUCAGCCGCUUGCUCGACGAUCUCGCCCAAUACCAGGCCACACAGCAGCAACUGGAAAUGCUGCAGAAGCUGUCGGAUCAGCAAAACUCCAAGAUUCAGAACAUCCACGAGCGCAUAUUGCCGCUCAGCCCAACGGGCCAGAUUGAAGGCAUAGGCGAUCAGAACUCGUAUUUCGACGCCAACGGCCUUGGUGAACCAGGACAGUAUGAUCUAAACAUGGACAAUUUUGUCCAUGACGAGGACUUUUUCACCGACAACAAUGCCCCCACCGACGUUGCCACACACCCUGCCGUCAACGGCAACCACACGGUGCUGCCUGAUUUCAACUUUGAUGCUGCGGCUCCUUUGGACGAGUCUGCCGGUGACGCAUUCAACUUUGCAGACAUCAACGGCGCAGACGACACGGGGCAUUUGGUUGUGAAUGGCGGUACCGACGAGAGUGUUGACAGCAGUAGAGUCGACAGCUUAGGAAGCAGCAGCACAACCAGUCCGGCGGCGACGGUAGAAGAAGUCGAAGACGAAACGAGAAAGCGAAGUCCAAAGAGGCGGAAGAAGUAG